AUGGAAACGGAUUCCCCGCCUCCCAUGACAGCUGUCCAGCUUUGGAUGGAGAACCUAACAUUGACUCCUCUCAGGCAGCCGAUUGUGUUUGAACUGGAGGGCUUUGAUGUUUCACCAGGACAAGGUCCUCUCUUGUUCUUCUUGGCCCUGUUCGUCUACAUGGUGGUGCUGCUGGGGAACGGUGUGGUGAUCUGUGUCAUCAUGACGGACCGCAGCCUGCACAGACCCAUGUUUGUGAUGAUCUGCCACCUGGUGGUCUGCGACCUGCUGGGCGCCACGGCGGUGCUUCCCAGCCUCAUGAUGCACUUCUUGAUGGGGCAGAAGAAGAUCAGCUACCUCCCAGCUAUUGCUCAGGGUUUCUGUAUUCACACUUAUGGAGUUGCGAUGCACACUAUCCUGGGAGUGAUGGCUAUUGACAGGUAUGUGGCAGUGUGUGAACCUCUCAGGUAUCACUCCAUCAUGACUUCGGCUCGGCUGCACAGCUGCUGCGCUGUGGCCUGGAUCGUUGCUCUGCUGCUCAUCGCUGUGCUCUUCUCCUUCCACGUAAAUCUCUCUUACUGCAGUCGAAUCAUUCAGCACGUCUACUGCAGCAAUAAGUCCAUAAUGAAUCUGGCCUGUGCUCCCCCCCUUAUCAGCAACAUCUACGGUUUAUUCAUCACCUGGUUUGUGAGUACAGGGAUGUUCGUUGUCAUCGCUUAUUCCUACAUCAGGAUCCUGAGAGCUGCUUUUCAGCAGGGCAGGAGCAGCAGCAGCAUCCGGACCAAGGCCUUCCAGACAUGUGCAUCACACCUUGUUGUGUAUGUCUUCUAUGAAUUAACCACAAUGAUUAUAGUCGUUAUCUACAGAUUUCCAUCCGUAUCCCAAAACGUUAGUAAGUUUCUUGGCAUCCUGUCCAUCACCUUCUCUCCGGCCAUCAACCCCAUCAUCUAUGGGCUGGUCAGUAAGGACCUGCGCUCCAGCAUCAUCAAGCGUUUUUCUACCAGAACUGUUCACAAGAACUGACUUAUUUUGUCAUGUUGUUAUAUUUAUAACAUGUUGAAGUAACAGUAGCUAGUAAUAAUGCAAUGUUGUACAAGCAGGUCUGUUUUGGAUCUGCAGAAAGUGAAAACCAAGCUGUAAUGAGCUGCUGUCCACAUAGUUUUAGAGGCAGAAUAUCUACAUGAAAGACAAAAUAAAUUAUCUGUGACUGGUUUCAUGUACAGCAGGACCUUCCCCAGUAUCCCAUGCACUUCAGAUAGUAGUAUAAAGUGAGACAUGAAAGUAAAACACUUUUAUUG